AGACGAGACAUUUGGGCCAUUUGUGUGGAUUGGACUGAAUGAUCAACCCUUGGCACGGAAAGAAGUCAUUAAUACUGAAUACAACUCCUGGAUAUGGUCAGGAACUGCAAUGCGAUAUCGUUUCGUAAACUGGAAGACAGGGGAACCAAAUUUCCAAGAUGCAAAUGAGAGCUGUGUGAGGACGUUUCCUGAUGGACAAUGGGAAGAUUCACAUUGCGAUUUACAAUCUCCCUUUAUUUGUUUUGAUGCACCGUUAAAUUCUACUGACAAAAAAAGAUUCUUCUGGAUCGACCUCCCUUUGAAUUGGAUCGACGCCGAGACUCACUGCAGGGUAAACCACACUGAUCUGGCUGUGAUUGAAAAUAGCGAGGAAAACGAAGACGUGGCGUCGCUUGGCUUUCCAACGGCUUCGUGGAUCGGCUUGUUCCGAUAUCCUUGGAUCUGGUCUGAUGGAUACAACAUUGACUUUGAAAACUGGAGAAGUAGCCAACCAGAUAACGCACAUGGAGAAGAGGCCUGUGUGAAUGCGAAUGUUGACCAUAAAUGGAGCGAUGCUGAUUGUAGCCUGAAGUAUCCAUUUCUCUGCUAUGGAGCUCCCAAAGUGAGGAAGACUUUCGUGCGCAUGAAGUUUGUCAGCGAUGUGGAUCCGUCAAAUCCAGCAGUCCACAUCCAGAUUCUCCAGCAGCUGGACACACUGUUGACUAAUCAGGAGAUAACGGACUUCAAACUGAACUGGAAGGGACAAGAGAAUCCAAAGAAAGAAAUGAAACAACCUUCACCAUGUUAAUAUGGAUCUUUCACAGAAACAGUUGACAGUAGAAAAAAACGUCCUAUUUACUCAACAUCGUUUUCAACAUUUCUGUCAUUUUCUUCUCAACGAACAUCAAUUUUCUGAAUAUGUAAACGUGAAAUUUUUCUGAAACAAAAAACACAAAAACAUUGUGUUGUCACUUGAAACACUGUCGUAUAA